AUGUUGAUUCCAAUAAAAGAAGACGUCAGUGACGCCAUCCCCAACAUCAUCAAACGGUAUCCAUACUACUACAACAACUACAACAGUGGUUGGAACCGCUGGAGAUGGUUAUUAUGGCUAUUGGUCUUGAUACCAAUAUUCUUUGUCUUGAUUAUGUUUUGUUUGAGAAGGAGAAGAUCAACCAGUACAGUAUACUACCCACAAGAUCAAAACCAACAAUAUUACCAAAAUCAACAACCACAGCAAGGUUAUGUUCCACCUGAAUAUCCCCAAACUUCUCAACCAGGAGGACACGACAUCGGCAACAACGCCGGCUACUAUGGGAGCCAAGAGUACAACAACUAUGGACCAAGUGGCGGCGCUGGCACUGGACAACAAGGCUAUUACUCAAGAGAACAAGAACAUGAUGUUGCAGGUGACGAUUAUGGUCCACCUCCGGGACCACCUCCAGCUCACACCAAAUAUUAA